AUGAGUGAUGAAUUGAUUACCUUGGAAUAUAAUAAAACCUGGACUGUUAUUGAUCUACCUCGUGGUAAGGUUGUUAUUGCUUGUAAAUAUGUUUACAAGACUAAGUUUCAUGCUAAUGGCAGUAUUGAGAGACUAAAGGCUCAGCUUGUCGAUAAAGGUUUUUCACAGCAAGCUGGAAUUGACUAUAUAGAAACUUUCUCCCCUGUCGCAAAGCUUGUCACCUUCAGAGUUCUUCUUUUUGUCAUAGCAAUAAAUGGGUGGUCUUUUUUACAAUUUGAUGUUAACAAUGCCUUUCUUCACGGUGAUCUAGAGGAAGAAAUCUACAUGCACAAACCUCCUAGCUACUUUAUCAGUGGCUUUAAUCAAGUCUAUAAGUUUUUUAAGAGUCUAUAUGGACUCAAGCAAGCUUCUCGCAAAGGUAUUCAUCUCAGUCAAAGAAAGUAUGCUCUCGACAUCUUGGCUGAUUCAGGUACCUUAGCCAGGAAACCUCUCAAAUUGUCCUUUGAACAAAACUUCAAGCUCAGCAAGACUUCUGGGGUUCCAUUAUCAGAUCCCAGCACCUAUCGCCGCCUCAUUGGCCAUCUUUUAUAUCUCACCAUCAUCAAACCAAAUAUUUGUUAUCUUGUUCAAAUUCUUAGUCAGUAUAUAGACACUCCUAUGACUACACAUCUCGCAACAGCUCAUCGAAUCCUUCAUUACAUCAAGCAGUCAGUCAAGGGUUACUGUAUAUUUCUUAGCAACUCCCUUAUUUCUUGGAAAUUCAAGAAACAAUCCAUCGUAUCCCACUCCUUAGCUGAGACAGAAUAUCAGUCUAUGGCUUCCACUUGCUCAGAACUAACAUGGCUUCGUUAUCUCCUUCAAGACCUUCAUGUAUCUCAUCCUCAAGCAACCCAGCUUUACUAUGACAAUCAGGCUGCCUUACACAUUGCUGCUAAUCUAGUUUUCCAUGAACGAACAAAACAUAUUGAAUUGGAUUUUCGUGCCAUUCGUGACAAGAUACAAGAUAGCAGCAUUACAACAAGAUAG